CGCGCCGCGGAGAGGUCGUGCUACACCACGCGCCGGUCUCUACUACACGCAAUAAAUAUUUAAUAAAAAAACGGAACCCUCACUAUAAACCGCCCGGUUCAUGAGUGAAAACAACAAUCUACGCCCAUAUACAAGGACUUUCUUCACGCCCCACCUUCCGGACUACAGUGCAGUGAAAUGCUAACAACUUUUUCUUCAGUGUGUACUACGUACUUUGUUUCGGAAAUGGUGAUAUCGACCCACGGGGAGUGUUUAUGAGACGUUCUGUAGUGAAAUGAAAAAUCUGUGAUAAUGUACGCUGUAGCGGCUGUAUUUUGUGCGCUGCUGCACGUCGGCUGGACGGUGCUGCCUUACGGCUCGGACAAAUGUGUCCGGCUGUCGGACUCGGAGGGAACACUCUGCAGAGUACGCACUCUUGAUGGUGACGGUGGCAGUAUCUCAUCAGUAACAUCAGAUACUAGCCGGCUCGCCGUCGAGUGCAACCACCUUCUCCUGUUUGAAAGCUCGCUGCGAGCGCACUACUUCAGUCCCGUCUCGGGACUCACAGAACUAUCAAUAAGCAAUUGCAAAUUGCUCCAUGUGCCAGACAACACGUUUCAAGACUUGAGUAAACUAAAAAGGCUGAAACUUCGUUCGAAGAACUUUGAGUGGAGCCCUACCAAGAACUUAGAAAUAUCUUUGAACGCAUUCAAUGGAUUGUCGGAAUUGCAGUCGUUGGAUCUCGCUCAAAAUAACAUCAAGUUUAUUCCUUCCGGCGUGUUCUGCUCUCUAGAGAACUUGAAUACGCUGAACUUGACACACAAUAGGAUAAGGACUGUUGGCCAACUGGGAUUUGGCCAGGGAUGCGGUUCGAGCUUACACAGCUUAGAUCUCAGCCAUAAUGAAAUCAAAUCGCUACCUGACGAGUCAGAGCUACUAAAACUAAGAAGUUUACAACAUUUGUACUUACAACAUAACAAUAUCAGUGACAUAUCAAGUGAAGCUUUUAACGGUCUUGUGUCCAUGAGAGUAGUAAACAUAUCACACAAUCGUCUUCAUACUGUACCGGAAGGACUAUUUGCCAAUGCUAGAGAGUUAAGAGAAAUAUACCUCAAUGAUAAUUCACUUUUUGAACUGGCACGUGGCAUUUUCCAUCGUCUAGAACAACUGAUUAUACUAGAUUUAUCAAGCAAUCAAAUAACAAGCAAUCACAUCGAUGACGGCACAUUUUUGGGACUGAUCCGGCUUAUUGUUCUAAAUCUUUCAAAUAAUGCUCUGACUAGAAUUGAUGGCAAAACCUUCAAAGAUCUAUUCUUCUUACAAAUACUGAAUUUGAAGAACAAUUCAAUUGGGUACAUUGAAGAUAACGCUUUCCUGCCUUUAUACAAUCUUCACACAUUGAAUUUGGCGGAAAAUCGACUUCACACAAUUGACGAAAACUUAUUCAACGGUUUGUUUGUGCUCAGUAAAUUGACUCUAAACAACAAUUUAUUGGUGAAAAUUGACAGAAAAGCUUUCAAGAACUGCUCAGAUUUAAAAGAAUUGGAUUUAAGUUCGAAUCAGCUGUUAGACGUGCCUGAAGCCUUAUGGGAGCUUUCAUUAUUGAAGACACUAGAUCUGGGUGAAAAUCAAAUAUCGGACUUUAGAAAUGGUUCGUUUAAGAAUUUAAAUCAAUUAACUGGGCUGAGAUUGAUCGACAAUCAAAUUGGAAAUUUGUCCGUCGGCAUGUUCUGGGACUUACCAAGCUUGCAAGUGCUCAAUAUCGCCAAGAAUAAGAUCCAGUCAAUUGAACGUGGAACAUUUACUAGAAAUUCACAGCUGGAAGCCAUUCGACUCGAUGGAAACUUUUUGUCGGAUAUCAACGGUGUCUUUUCAACGCUGGCGAGCCUCCUGUGGCUCAAUCUAUCGGAAAAUCAUCUAGUGUGGUUCGAUUACGCGUUUGUGCCUAGUAAUUUAAAGUGGUUAGACAUUCACGGUAAUUUCAUUGAACAUUUAGGUAACUAUUACAAGUUGCAAGAUGAAAUACGUAUAAAGACAUUGGACGUUAGCCAUAAUCGUAUAAGUGAAAUAUCGCCGAUGGCGAUCCCUAAUAGUGUCGAAUUGUUGUUUAUAAAUAAUAACUUUCUAAAUAAUAUCCAUGUGAAUACGUUUUUCGAUAAAAAGAACUUAACGCGAGUGGACAUGUAUGCAAAUGAAAUAGUGCAUUUAGAACUGAAUAGUUUACGUUUAUCUAAUGUGCCGGGAAAUAAAAGUUUACCUGAGUUCUAUAUCGGUGGGAAUCCGUUCCAGUGUGACUGUACUAUGGAGUGGUUGCCGAUCAUAAAUAAUAUGACCGCUAUGCGUCAAUACCCGCGCGUGAUGGACUUGGAGAAUGUUUUGUGUAAAAUGACAAACACUCGCAGCGGAACUCAUGUGCCCUUAACAAACCUAAAGACAACGGACUUUCUAUGUGAGUAUGAGACUCAUUGUUUUGCCAUCUGUCAUUGCUGCGACUACGACGCGUGUGACUGUGAAAUGACCUGUCCUCAAAAUUGUACUUGUUACCACGACCCAUUGUGGAACACAAAUGUCGUCGAUUGUUCCGGACAAUCUUCCGUUGAGAUACCUCACAAGAUACCUAUGGACGCCACAGAGGUGUUCUUAGACGGAAACAACAUCAAAGAACUACAAAAUCACGUUUUCAUUGGGCGACAAAAGAUGAGGUCUUUGUAUGUAAACAAUAGUAACGUAGACAGCAUACAAAACAGAACCUUUGCCGGCCUAAAUGCUUUGCAAAUACUUCACUUGGGUAACAAUAAACUUAAAGAAUUGAAAGGAUACGAGUUCCAUCAACUGAGUAAUUUGAAAGAACUGUUUCUACAAAAUAACCUAAUUAGUCAUAUCGCCAACAUAACUUUCCUAUCACUAAAAUCGUUGGAAACAUUACGCCUAGACGGCAAUAGACUGGUUGAUUUUGGUGUAUGGAGUUUUAAUAGUAAUCCCAAUUUGAAAGCAUUGUCACUGGGGAACAACCUAUGGUCGUGCAAAUGCCGCUACCUGCAGGAAUUAACUGCAUACUUGGCCGAAAAUGCGCAAAAAAUCAUCGACAUAACCGACGUGUGGUGUUGGAAUGGAGACGCAAAACCGCCGCAGAAAAAAGAGCUCAACUUAAACGGCACUGCCUGCAGUGAUUAUUAUGCCGAUAAUUCAGUCAUCGGAAACAUGCUGGUGUCGAACUAUGUUCCCAUGAUGGUCUCCACUCUCACCGGGUUUAUGUUAAUUUUAUUGGCCCUCGUCGUACUAUUUCUUUUUAGAGACUCGCUCCGAGUGUGGCUUUACACUAACUGUGGGAUUAGAGUUUUCUCGUUCGCCGGAGCUUUUGAAGAAAGCGAGAAACUGUACGACGCUUAUGUUUGUUAUAGCCCGAAGGAUGAAGAAUUCGUCGUACAGUCGUUAGCGGGUGAAUUAGAGAAUGGGAAUCCGUCAUAUCACCUCUGCCUUCAUUACAGAGACAUUCCACACCACGGCGCUCAGUACAUGCAAUGCGCGCCGCCGGUCGUGGAAGCGGCUGAGGCGUCGAAACGAAUAAUAAUCGUACUAACGAGAAAUUUCAUGCAGACGGAAUGGUCCCGAUAUGAAUUCCGACAAGGGCUGCACGAAGCGCUCAAAGGGAGUAUUUAUAAGUUAGUGCUAAUAGAAGAAUGUUCGGUGGUCGCCGAUGCCAUGUGCGAUCCCGAUCUGCGGCCAUAUCUAAAAACAGGGUCCCGACUGAGGUGGGGUCAGAAAAGAUUUUGGGAGCGGUUGAGGUAUAUGAUGCCGGAUUCGUCACACCCAAACCAUAAAGCACGAAGUCAUAAUUAUAGGAAGAAUAUAAACACGUAUACAUUAGAUUCUUCUGUUCCUAAUGGCGGGAAUCGGACGUUGCCUUUCCCGGACAAAUCGCCGGUGAUGGGCGAGCGGCAGGGGGCGAGCGCACCGCCUGAGUACAGCACGGAGGUGCGACAGUCGCCAUCUGUGAUGCGACAAACGCAGGGAGUCGUGUACGGGCCGGAUGGCAGGCCGAUCUCAGAUCAUAUCUACUCCUCCAUAGACUCUGAUUAUUCCUCGUUAGAGCACGGCAUGGCGCCUGGCAGACGGCGAGACAUACGCCAGUGGCCCCCGCCGCCACCUCUGGUAGACACAAGCAAUGCGGUGCAAGCUUACCUAGUCUAGAAAGGCCCACAAGCCUACUUCCAGUCAUAACUAUUGUAAAUACUGUAGAUUUUAGAUCUAGACCGCUGUAUAUAUUGUAAUUAUUAGUCUGUAAGUGCUAAACCAAAUCUAUGUAAGUGAACUAUUAUUGCCUGUUCGUUAUCCUGUGUAUAGAUUUCGUAAUAAAAUUAAAGACUGCUGUAGUAUAUGAGUAUUGUAAAUAGCAAAAGACAAGUGAUCAUACUAUAUUAAUAUCAGUAAUAUGGCGUUAUUUAUACACUAUGAAAAAUAAAGUGAUAAAGAUUUAUAA